CUGUUGGCGCGCUCGGUUUGCACAGCUAAUUAGGCGUUGUGUUUUUCACUCGAGAUUGUAGAUAGGUUUGGAAGUUUUCCCGCUGGUUGUGUUUUUGUUAUUGUGGAUUAGUGUUCUACAGCCACUCUUGGGCUACUGUUAAUGCUCGGCAAGAGAGGCGGAAUCGGUCUCGAGGAGUUGAACAAACUAGUGAAGGGGAUGCACGCCAGCGUCAUCACCCACAAUAGCAUCCGGUGGCAACUGCAAUAGUACAAUAGUGGGUCAAGUGAUGUCCCCAGAUGGAUUAGUGUCUUAACCUCGAGGUGACGAAAAUGAAAAGAGAUUAGAGGAUAGAAAAAUCACACCGCCCUUUUGUGAAUAGGCUAGGCAACUCAAUUCAGUUCCGUGGGUGAUAAGCGUCUGUUCGACUGAGGCUAGUGUGAGGUAGAGGAUUUUCCGGUUAAAUAACGAUAAAUAACUCGGUGCUUGCUAUUUUUAGGAGGAAACAAACAAACUGUGAAAAUAGAACUGCUAAAUGUAGCGUUCCACAGUUUGGUUUUAAUGUCAUUUCGGAGAAAAUGAAGCCGAUGAGUGUCACAUAGAAAUGAUACUGCUGUUGAUGAUGUGGUUUUAGGCAAAUUUCAAAAACAUUGUUUAUUUUUCCAUACCUAACAGACACCCAUAGGAUCCGGAACGGACGGACUGGUAGGUGUAUGCCACAUACAGAAUACUGAAAUUUUGUGCGUUUUUUGAUGCGGAUCGUUCUACGGUACAGAUUUUACUCGGUUCAACUGUGUUGUGAUAUCCAAACGUGGCAGUAUCGUGCCUGAAGCAAGUGAAACAAACGUAGCUCUUUUCGACGACGUUGACGAAAGGAUUAUUCUACUGGGGGUGGCAAGCGGUUGGCUGUUGGGUGCGAUAAGUAAGCCAUUCCGAUGCGGACGCAGUGUAUGUUUCUCUAAUUAGUACCCGAAGCGAACUUUAUCCUAGGGAGAGUACAGCCGAGCGAAUUUAUCAUGGAAAUGCUAUGGAAAAGAUCUGCUGUAUUCAUAGAGGUGCUGAAUACUCUAUUGCUGAUGUUCGAAAGCCAAUAAAUGAAAACAUACAGAUGAAAUCAAAGCUCAAAAAACAGACAGGCUUUUCACUCAAAUCGAUACAGUUCUAUGGAAUUUUCUACAGUAACAAAAUAAAUCAACCAGGCUUUCCCGCAGUACCCGUUUGAUAGUUCAGACCCAAUUGAUUGCGUCGUUCGGCAGGAUUUGUAGAGAUCAGUAUGUGAAAUUGAUUCCCGGACUAUCGACGCAACUAUUCUGUGAUAGGCGUGCUUAAUUAGAUUUAUGUGGCAUGCUGCUAGCCGAACAUUUUGCCGCUUCUCGCUAACAAAGGGAGGUGCAGGUGAAUCCAAUCAUAACAAACGGAAGCGAAUAUAAGUUGUUUCAACUGCAGACGCUGUACAAAUGUUUUGUGAAUUACAUAAAUCAAAACAUUAACAGUGAACCCGUCACGGCCAGCGAAUACAGCGAUGAAACGCCGCUAGACUGGGUUGAAGGGGUACAACAAUACGACCGCUCUCUACAACGAUUUCGGCUGCUAGGGGUCGAACGCAAAAAGGUUGGAACGGUUUUCCUCAACAUAAAAAAGCCGGAGCUCCCCGCUGUGAGCAGUCUGGGGAGAAAGCAGAAAGACGCCAUUGUCGGUAAUAGCAAUGGAUGCUAGAAACAGGCGGCGACAACUCGGCGCCCCCUGCUACUGCCUGCGGCCGCUCAUACGGAUUUUGGGAGUCGUCACGGCCAUUGGCUGCCACGCUGCUUGUCGCUGUUCCCGCCGCAGUGGUCAACGGAAUCGGAGUGGACAUCAUGGUGCACGGUUUCACUGCAGGUGUCUAUAUCAUAGUUGCCUCUGUCCUCAUAUUCCUGCUAGAAGUGAAAUGGCUGUUCAUACUCUUCGUACAACUGCUGUGUAGAAGCCACGAUUACUCGGCAGGCUGUCACAAGUGUUGGAACUUUUGCCGGUUCUGCGGUGGAUGGCGGCUCUCGUUUCCCUAUGUGGCCUUAGGCAUUGCGCUGAUAAUCUGGCCCCAUCGACUGUGGCUGAGUCACGUGGCCGGAGGGCUGCUGAUAGUGCUGGCCUUACUGCGACUGCUCACCCUGUGCCAGUUCCGACCGGGCGGAAGGGACGAGGAACUGCUUAACCACUUCGACGACCACGUAGAGAAAUAUGACAACCUCAGUGAUGUGCUAGUGGAUGAUUCGAUGCCCAAGCCUGGACAAAGUCUCGAAGACGAUGAAGGGCACGAAGACGAAGACGACGAGAAUACUGUCACCAACGGAGUCAUUUGACAGGACUGGCAGAACCAAACCACCGAUGUUGGUAAAACAGCUAGAAAAUCGUUCCGUAAAAACAUGAGCCAAAGCUACGAAAAGCUAGAGAAUGACUGCGAUUGUGAUGUUAUCAAGUAGGAAUGGGAAGCAGGCUGCCACACCGUGGUGAGGUAGCGGCAGUACCGUAAUACGUAGGGAGAUAUAUAUUAUAAGACAAAUCUUGUACACAUACAAAUCAAUGUUUACACAGUUGAUAGCGAAGGGUUUGUUACAUUUUUAUUUUGGUUUUGCAUCACCAUACGGUUAUUCGAGGAAUAGUAUGAAAAAGCUUUACAAGUCAUUUUGAGGUUAGCACGUUUAUGAAACAUGAGUUAAGUUAUUGCAUAUAUGUAAUAAAAAGGUUUGAUAAUAAAAUAAAAACCGAA